GUAUUGUCUAAAAACAUGGCUGAAGAGUUUCUCCGCGACCAUCCAGGGCUGAGGCCCUUCGUUCUCUCCGACGUCCAGCUCACUGGAACCAGAAUCGGCGGCGGAGCCUACGGCAAAGUGGAGGAGGUGGUCGUUCCUGUGGGCGCCGCCGCCAAAACAAUCUACCCCAUCUUGCAAGAAGGGGAUGCAACGACCGCCGGACUGCCUAAGGCAGCGACCCAGUUCGUGAGGGAAUGCCAGCUUAUGAGCACCCUCCGCCACCCGAACAUCGUCCAGUUUCUGGGCGUCGCUUUCUUUCCCGGCUCGCGACUGCCAGCCCUCGUCAUGGAGCGACUGCUGACGAGUCUUCACGACUUGCUGGCUCCGGACCCGUCCCCUCCGUCCGGCGCCGUCACACCGCUAUCUUUCUUCUCCAUGGCUCUCAAGUGCUCCGUACUACACAACGUAGCCUGUGGCCUAGCCUACCUCCACGAGCGAUCAUCGCCCGUCAUCCACCGCGACUUGUCGGCCAGAAACGUUCUCCUGGACUCGGAGAUGGUGGCCAAGAUAGCGGACCUGGGCGUGGCUCGUAUCGUUCCUCAUGUCAGAGCUGCAGCUACCAUGACAAAGGGGCCUGGGGCCUCAGUCUACAUGCCUCCAGAGGCUUUUGCACCAUCUCGAUCUAAUAUAGAAAAGUCAAAAUACGAUGCCAGCAUCGAUGUAUUCUCGCUUGGAGUUGUCACCAUUUUCGCAAUCGGUGAAGUCUUCCCCUGUGAUCCUCUAGAGCACAACUACUUUGACGAAAAGAGUGGAGUGCUGUUAGGUCGCACUGAACUACAGCGACGCAGCCAUUACAUGCGAAACGUAAACGAGCAACUCCGUGCCUGUGGCCAGCUCCGUGGGGACCACCCUCUCAUUCGGCUGAUCCAGCAAUGCCUGCACAAUCUCCCAGCCAAGAGGCCAGGUAUUGGUGAGGUGCUUCGUCUGUUGGACGAGGCCAUAGCUGGUUUUAGAGAUGAAGGGAGUGAGAGGAACAAACGUGAACUGGUACGAGCUCUUCAGACCCAGCCCAGGAACCAGAAUUUGGAGCGUGUUCUCCGAGACCUGGUGACAGAGAAUGCUCAUCUCCAGUCCCGUGUGCAGGCCAAAGACAGGGAGCUCACAGACAGGGACAGGGAGAUUGCUUGGAAGGAUGAGGAAAGUGAGAGGGAGAAGCAGACACUCAGACAAGAGCUGACAAGGAAGGAGGCAGAGGUGACGAGGGCAGAGGAGACUAUCAGGAGAGAGCAGCAGCAGAUUCAGGAGAUGAGACAGAGAGAGACUGAGUUAGUGCAGGCCAAGGACAGGGAGAUAGCUCUGCUUCAGCAGCAACUGGGGGAAAAGAAUUUGGAGCGUGUUCUCCGAGACCUGGUGACAGACAAGGACAGGGAGCUAGCUGAAACACUUCAGCAACUGCGAGAGAAGGAAAGGGAGAAGCAGUCUGUCGAGGCUGACCUAAAUGAGGCUCAGCGGCAUUUGAGACAGAAGGAAGAUCAGCUUCAAACAAGUGAAAGGGAGAAACAGAGAGUCCAACAGCUGUUGACAAGAAAGGAAGAAGAGCUGACGAGAAAGGAAGCAGAGGUGACGAGGGCAGAGGAGACUAUCAGGAGAGAGCAGCAGCAGAUUCAGGAGAUGAGACAGAGAGAUACUGAGUUGGUGCAGGCCAAGGACAGGGAGAUAGCUCUGCUUCAGCAGCAACUGGGGGAAAAGCGUCCUACACAUGUCAGGUCAGUGGACCUGGUCUAACAUCAGCCACAGUCAACCAACUAACACACGUCCUAGUCCAACUAACUGACUCUAGUGGUAGACCACACUCACUUCCACUGAAUGUCACCGCACAACUUGAGCUCAUUUCAAAAGCCACACCCACAACAAGAUGGCCUUGGUCCAAAAAACAAGAAACACGCAAUGAAUCACGUGUAUCAGUAGUUGCCAUGACGUCUCCCUCCCAAUACAAGGUGUCGUACACACCAGUCAGUCGAGGCCAACACAAACUCCAUGUUCAAGUCAACGACAGAGAAAUCAAUGGCAGCCCCUUCACUGUGACCGUGUACCCUGACCCCAGACAACUAGGCCACCCAGUGAGGACUGUGACUGGAUUGAACUCUCCAUAUGGCAUUGCCUUCAACAGUCAUCAGGAGAUGAUUGUCAGUGAAUAUUUGGGUCAUAGAGUGUCUAUCUUUGACAUCAGAGGACAGAAAAUUCGAACAUUUGGAUCAGGUGGUGACAGUCCAGAUCAGAUGAAAUACCCUGCAGGCAUAGCAACUGAUGAUACUGACAAUAUUUAUGUGAGCAGUAACCACAAGCUGCAGAAGUUCACUGGCAGGGGUGAACUGAUCAAAUGUAUUGGUCUGAGGGGCAGAAAGGAGGGGGAGUUUGAUGAUCCACGUGGAGUGACACUGUAUGACAAUCAAGUGUAUGUGUGUGAUGGCAAUAACCAUCGCAUUCAGGUGUUUGACCCCGACUUGAACUUUGUCCGAUCCAUCGGCUCAUGUGGCAAAGGAAGAGGUGAAUUCGAUGCACCAUAUGAUGUCAAAUUUGACACUGCCGGGAACAUGUAUGUAGCUGAGUUUGGUAAUGGGAGAGUGCAAGUAAUGGACACCAGUGGCCAAUUCAUACGAGUAUUUCGUCAGGAAGGAGAGCGAAAAGAUUGUUGGCCAUCAAGUCUUCAUAUUGUUGACAAGUAUGUGUAUGUGUCUGAUUUCAAUGGUGAUUGUAUUGUAGUGUAUGAGACCUCAGGUCAGUUUGUCACCUCAUUUGGAAGGUAUGGUAAGGAAGAGGGAGAGUUUCGUGAUCCAUUCUGUAUCACCUCUUGUGUUGAUGGUUUUAUACAUGUAUGUGACUUUGUUAACAAAAGAGUUCGAUAUUAAACACCCAAUGCUACUGUAUUGUCUGAACAAAGACAUUUUGCUACAAUAUUACUGUUUGUCUUACUACUGUUGCUCUCCCUUUAACACAAUUUCUAGAUAAAACCACAAUUCCUUAUUAUAUCAUGUUUCAUGUUAUGUAUGCACUAUCGUCUAGUAGCAUAUAAUAAGCAUUGUUAAUUGUAUUUCAUGUUGUAACUAUAAUUAUUCUCUAUCAACACGCUCAU